CAGCCCGCGCCGCCUGUCGCCGCCGCGCGCCUCUGCCACCCCGCGCCGCUGCCGCCGCCGCCGUGCUCGCUGGCUGGCCCGGUGCGGGCGCCCGGCUCCCGCUGCCGAAGAGGACCAGCAGCGCCGCCGCCACCCCUCCGGUCGGGGCCCCGGCCCCGCCCCGGGCCCCGGCCCCAGCCCCCUGCCCGGCCGGGCGAUGAAGUGUCACUAUGAAGCGCUGGGGGUGCGGCGCGACGCCAGCGAGGAGGAGCUCAAGAAGGCCUAUCGGAAGCUGGCCCUGAAAUGGCACCCGGAUAAAAAUCUGGAUAAUGCCGCAGAAGCAGCUGAACAAUUUAAAUUAAUCCAAGCAGCAUAUGAUGUGUUGAGUGACCCUCAGGAAAGAGCAUGGUAUGAUAAUCAUAGAGAGGCUCUGCUUAAAGGUGGGCUUGAUGGGGAAUAUCAAGACGACAGCUUAGAUUUGCUUCACUAUUUCACUGUGACCUGUUACUCUGGUUAUGGAGAUGAUGAAAAGGGCUUUUAUACAGUUUAUCGUAACGUUUUUGAAAUGAUUGCGAAGGAAGAACUAGAAUCUGUGUUAGAAGAGGAGAUGGAAGAUUUCCCCACUUUUGGAGACUCCCAGAGUGACUAUGAUACGGUAGUCCAUCCUUUCUAUGCCUAUUGGCAGAGUUUCUGCACUCAGAAGAACUUUGCUUGGAAGGAAGAAUAUGAUACACGACAAGCUUCAAACCGCUGGGAGAAACGAGCCAUGGAAAAAGAAAACAAAAAGAUUCGCGACAAAGCAAGGAAGGAGAAGAACGAGCUUGUGCGCCAGCUGGUCGCAUUCAUCCGUAAGAGAGACAGAAGAGUGCAGGCACAUCGGAAGCUCGUGGAGGAACAGAACGCCGAGAAAGCCAGGAAGGCGGAGGAGAUGAGGCGGCAGCAGAAGCUGAAGCAGGCCAAACUGGCCGAGCAGUACAAGGAACAGAGCUGGAUGACCGUGGCCGACCUGGAGAAGGAGCUCAAGGAGAUGGAGGCGCGCUAUGAGAAGGAGUUUGGAGAUGGAUCAGAUGAAGAUGACACAGAGGAAUCUGAGCUCAAAGAUGGGCACGAUGGUAAAGACAGUGAUGAGGCUGAGGAUGCUGAGCUGUACGAUGACCUUUACUGCCCAGCGUGUGACAAAUCUUUCAAGACGGAAAAGGCCAUGAGGAAUCAUGAAAAAUCAAAGAAGCAUCGGGAAAUGGUUGCCUUGUUAAAACAACAGUUGGAGGAGGAGGAAGAAAAUUUUUCAGGACCUCCAACUGAUGAAAAUUCAUUGAAUGCCAAUUCUGAGGAAGAAAUAGAAGAUGCACCAAAACAAAAGCUUUCCAAAAAGCAGAAGAAAAAGAAACAGAAACCAGCACAGAAUUAUGAUGAUAAUUUCAAUGAAAAUGGAACUGGAGAAGAAGUAAAGGUUGAAUCAGAAGAUACCAACUUAAAUCAAGACCGUGCCAAAGAAUUGGAUGGGAGUCCCCAAGAAAGUAUCCGUGUCACUAAGACUGUCGAACUCUGUGAUGAUCCAAAAAGUGAAGCUAAGAAUGCUCCUAAACCCAAAGGAAAGAAAGCCAAAGAUACGAAGAAAUCUGUCCAAGUACCUGCUGAACCACAGACAGUGAGUGAUGUUCUUAUCAGCUGUGCAACCUGCCAUAGUGAAUUUCCAUCCCGGAAUAAACUUUUUGACCAUCUGAAGGCCACAGGUCAUGCAAGAGCCCCUUCAUCAUGUUCUUUAAACAGUGUAACAAGUAGUCGAAGUAAGAAAGAGAAACGUAAAAACAGAUAGAAAUUCUGCCAACGCUUUUUUCUUUUUGAUUGUCUCUAGAUUUUGAAACCAAAAACUGAACUGAAGUCAUCUAAAGAGUUAAAAUUUCGGUGAUCUGCAAUUUAUUGCAUUGUGGAAGAUUAUUUUUUAUCUUGUAAAAACAUUUUUUUUUGUUUAAUAUAUAUUUUUUAAACAUUUCAUUAGUGAUUGAAUUCUACUUUGCCAUCUGAAUUGACUUGAAUGUCUCAAAACAGGUACAUAUUGUAAAGUAUACAUUCUUGAUUUCUCUUGGCUCACAUGGACAGAAAUGUACAGGGAGAAUUAAAUUAUUUUAACACAUACAAAUGCUCCUUUCUGUUUUAUUUUGUGGAUUUCACGUAGUAUUUUUAUAUGAUUCAGUGCUUCUGUAUUCUGUUUCAUGAUCUGUCAAAGACUCAGUUUGUUUUAAAAUCAUCAUAGAUUUUUUUUCUCACCUGAUUCCAUGACUCCAGUUCUGAUUUUUAAAUUAUUUCGAUUUAACCUAUUGUUGAUUACUGUAUUUUUUCCCUCAAGGACAGUGGUAGGUAGAAACUAAUUGAACAUAUAUGGUUAUGUUUCAAGACUAGCAUCUCAGGGUAUAACCAUGGUGAUUUAAUUUGAGAUUUUAUAGGUAAUUCUCAAUAAGAUAUAUCUUUUGGUGUUUUGCUCUGAUUUAAAUUGUGGAGGUGGAAGCAAAUCAAUGUAUAUGGCACUUCCUCCUUUGGCACGGUGCUGGCCAUAAAGCGUGACGGAUCCAGGAGGCGGGUGGCUCAGAUUUAACAAAGCAUAUUCUGCCUUGGGAUUUUUUUCUUCACUAUUUUCAGAAGUUCUUAAUUUUUUUUUCAUCAUUUAUGGAAAACUUUUUUAAUAAAAGUUUUUUCAUAGGGCUGAUAUUUAUGCCAUCCAUUCUGUAGCAGAGAUGAAUAUUAACUCGAAAAACGGAGAAUGGUCGAAAGUGAGUGUGGUCAAGUAUAUGGAUCAGUGAUGAGUCCAUUUUUAGGAUGAGGAUGGAUUAUAUAGGCAAUUUUUACAUUUGGUCUUGAGAGUAACUUUGAACUCAACAGCUUAACAUAUAUACUCUGUGUUCAGUGAGGCUCUCUCCUUAUAUCCUUGAAUCUUCAAGUGAAGGAAUCUUCAGUUAUGUAUGAGCUCUAAAACUUGAGUCUCUGAUGGCAAAGACUUUUCUGAAAGCCUCAUGGAUAGUGUUGAGCAUGUGGAUCAUUCCGUGUGAUGGACUUGAAAAUAUGCAUUGUAUUUUAAUUUUUUCUUCGUUUAGAGAUAUAAGUAGAUUUUUUUAAAGAUUCUAUUUGAGAUACAGAAUACAAGUGGGGGGAGGGGCAGAGGCAGAGGGAGAAGCAGACUCCCCGCUGAGCAGGGAGCCCGAUGUGGGGCUCGAUCCGAGGACAUGGAGAUCAUGACCUGAGCCGAAGGUAGACGCUUAACCGACUGAGCCAUCCAGGUGCCCCAUAAGUAGAUUUUCUUUAUCUUCUUCUUUUCUGUUUCUCUCUAACCUCUAUCUCUAAUUCCUCCUAAUUGUCAUACCCACCCCCCCACCUGUCCCUUUCUUGUCCCUUCAGGGGAAAUAGCAGCCAGGUCUUUGGGCUCUUCUCCCAGGCUUAGUCUGAAAACUUGCCACCCUCCUCUGAUUAGAACUAGGUGAAUUGGCUGUAAUAAGACUAGGAAUACUGAUGAACAAGAGGGCAUACUGAUCGCAUAUUAUUGUACAGUAAAAUUAUGAAGUCAUCUUGAAAGGCAGAGAAUGUAUUGAAGGAAAAUAGGCUGUCAGAAGAUGAAAUGAAUGUCAUUUAUAAGUUUUAAAAAACACUGUUGUUAUUUAUGAAGAGAAAGCACAGCAACCUCACUGGGAAACAUUGUUCAGAAAAGUAGUUGCCCCCUGUCCCCCCGGAAAGGGCGGGAGAGGAACGGAAGUGGGCUUUGCCAACAGAGCGGCCUCAUCAGAGUCCACUUGUUUCUAAGAUCCGAAGGAAAAUGUUAGCAUUUGUUCAUUCUGGAUGGUGGGUAGUGAGGGUUUGUUACUGGUUUUCAUGAAAUACUCAAACAUCCAGAGAAAUACGAGUUAAUGUUUCCCUUCUUGCCAGCAAGAUACACCGUCACACAAGGGAAUUUGAUCCCUGGCAUGCUCUGUAAGCACGUGGUGGCAGAGGCCAUUACCAGUGUCUCAGUCCCCUUUUUCCCUUAGCUCUGAUCUAGAAUGCGAUUACCUUCCCAGCUGCCCUGGGAGCGAGGUGUCGUUUCUGGCCAGUGGCUUGAACGACUUUUGGGACAUGUCCUUCAAGAUGUGGGGUGUCCUUCCUCUGGCCAGCUUAAGCGAAGAGGUAGUGGCUGGAACUCUGGCCCAGCCUGGCACCACGAGUCCUCCCAGGGCCAAGCAACAGGAACACAGCAGCUUCUGUUCUUGCCGCCUCACAGGGACCCUGCAGCCCUGGACCAGCUACCGCUGCACCGCAGACAACUCAAACUCGCCCGUCCCGAAGCCUCUGUUGUUCUCUGCUUUGGGUCACAGGUGACGCAAGCCCUGACUGAUUCAGCACGUGCACAGUUUCCUGAAUGAGAGGUGUGACUUCAACAGUGCCAAGGGCGUGGCUCUGAACUCUGAGAGAUCUUAGAUGAAAUUCCAGCACCAGCAUUAACUGGACGAACUUGGGCAGGUCAUUCAAACUUUUUAAGCCUUUUCUU